UGCAGGUCAGCCAGGAUGCAGUUCUGUUGGGUCGACUCGGUUUUGCUGAAGUGGAUCAGAACCGCAGCUUUUCUGCUUUUGGACCAAAUUGAGUUUUCCACUGGUUUCUGUGGUUUAAUUUCCAGUUAUUCAGCAACUUCCUGUUUCAGCUCCAUUGGUAAUACGCCUGAUCCGAGAGUUCAGAACCAGACCUGCCUGCUGGCUUCUGAUUGGCUCCUCAGUUUUCCUGCUGAAGCUUUUACUUCCUGUCUGUCCCCUGAAGCCCCGCCCCCUGCAGGAAUGGCGGCGGAGCUGGCGAGUCUGGUGCAGCGGCUGGAGGUGGCAGUGGGUCGGCUGGAGGCCGUGUCGGGCCCGCCGGGCGGCGCCGCAGGUUCUGCUGGGGGAGCCGUGGCGGCGUUCGUGGAGGCGUAUGAUGACAUCAUCAGGGGUCCCGUGGCGCAGUACGUCGCCCUGAGUCAGCAGAUUGGAGGAGACGUCCAGAAACACGCGGACAUGAUGAAGCAGGCGUUCUGCAGCCAGAGGCAGCUCCUCGCCACCGCUUCCUCCUCCCAGAAGCCCUCAGACCCGGUUCUGACGGCGCUCCUGCAGCCCGUCUCCAAGGCGAUCCAGCAGGUCCAGGCGUUCCGGGAGCAGAACCGGACCUCUCCGCUCUUCAACCACCUGUCUGCAGUCAGCGAGAGCGUUCCCGCCCUGGGAUGGGUUGCCAUGGCUCCGAAGCCCGGUCCGUACGUGAAGGAGAUGCAGGACGCCGCCAUGUUCUACACCAACCGGGUCCUCAAGGACUACAAGGAGAAAGACAAGAUGCAUGUGGACUGGGUGAAGGCCUACGUCUCCAUCUGGACCGAGCUGCAGAACUACAUCAAGCAGCACCACACCACCGGCCUGAGCUGGAGCAAGACGGGUCCGGUCGCCGCGGCCUCUGUGGCUCCGGCCGGUUCUGUUGAGGUUCUGUUCGGUUCCGCUGCAGCAGCUUCACUCUGAUUUUUAACCCUUUCAGGCCUGAAGCACGUCAGUGACGACCAGAAGACCCACAAGAACCCGGCUCUGAGGGACCAGGGGGGCCAGGCGGGCCAGACGGCCUCGGUGCGUACCGGACCCAAACCGUUCUCCGCCACGCCCCGACCCGCCGCACCGACCCGCACGCUGCCGCCGGUUCUGGAGCUGGAGGGAAAGAAGUGGAAAGUGGAGAACCAGGAGGGGGCCCAGGGCCUGGUGAUCAGCAACACGGAGCUGAAGCAGGUGGUCUACGCCUUCAAGUGCAACCAGAGCACGCUGCAGGUCAAAGGCAAAAUCAACUCCAUCACCAUCGACAGCUGUAAGAAGAUGGGCCUGGUGUUCGACGACGUCGUCGGCAUCGUGGAGGUCAUCAACUGCAGAGACGUCAAGGUCCAGGUCAUGGGGAAAAUCCCGACCAUCUCCAUCAACAAGACGGACGGCUGCCAUGUUUACCUGAGCAAAGACUCGCUGAGCUGUGAGAUCAUCAGCGCCAAGAGCUCCGAGAUGAACAUCCUGGUUCCCAACAAGGACGGAGAGUUUACGGAGCUUCCCGUUCCGGAGCAGUUCAAGACCGUCUGGGAUGGCCAGAGGCUCGUUACCACAGCAACGGAGAUCGCAGGCUAGGCGGCGCCCCGCCCCCUCACCACCUGACUGAUUGACCCCGCCCACCAGCUGAUGUCCCACUGUAGACUGAGAUUCAGACCUCAUGAGUUAACCCCGCCCCCUGCCUCCUAUCAGCCAAUCACAGCUGCAGCUGACCCUUCAUUAGCCAAUGAGAGGGCUGCUCGUGCCUGGAGCAGAACCUCCAGCCAAUCGGCAGCAAACAGCUGAGAGCGUAGAUUAGAUUCUCAGCAGCCAAUCAGCCGUCAAGACGCUUCCUCGUUUCCUGCUCCACUUCCUGUUUCAUUAUUAUGCAACUUCCUGUUAAAGCACCUAGAAAACCAACUAAAGCGUCACUUUGCUUCUGCUGAGUUCAAUCCGGUUCAAACAAUCCAGAUCAGGUGGGAAUGAAGCUCCAGGUUUCCCAGGACAUUCCCGAGCGUUAGCAUCAUUCCAUGUUGGAGACAGGAAGCUGCACCUUGCUUCACCUGGAGGUGGUGACCAAUCUGUAAACAGGUUUUUUCUUUUCUUUGUUUUUGGGUCCAAAUUGAAAUGUUCUCAUCAGUGCUGAGUCAUUAAAACGUUGCAAUAACA